AUGGAGACUAUACGACUACGAUAUUUACCCUUGAGUUUGUUCACUGUACUAUCCUUACUUACCAGUAUCUUUACUGUGUGCAUUAUAAAUCAUUCAUGGGAUAUUUUACUACAUCGAAAAGGGGAUUAUCCUAUGGGUCCUUUAAUAUAUGAAGAAUUAGAAAGAGCUUUGAGUACAGAUUUCAUGUAUGUGAUUGAAUUAAAUCGAAGCGAUUAUGACCAUCAUCAUCAUCAUCGUCAGUUAUUGAUACGUGUCACACCGUUGAAUGGUGAUCCAGAUUUAUUUGUCCUACAAUCGGAUCAUGUUCAACAAUGGAUUAUAAAGAAUAAUUUAACAAUAAAUCAACAAGGUCUUAUUCAUACUACUCAAAUGGAUACUUUGAGUAGUCUGAUCAAUAUGCCUGUAAUUAAACAGUCAACAAGUAUCGGCAUUGAAGAGGUGUAUAUACCAGAUGAAUUUACUUUCAAUGUACAAAAACUCAAUGAAAUGAAUGAUGCUACUACUAAUAUUGCUACAAAAAAUCAUCAUACUACUGAAAUACCUCCAAUAAUGUUAGUAGUAGCUUGUGCUAAUUUGAAUAGUUUAGAACAAUGUACAUUUAAUAUACAAAUAUAUAACGUGAAAUCUGCAUUUAUUUCAUAUCAUGAAAGUCAAAUGGCUGCAAAUAUCAAUACACUGUCGUAUGAAGAAUUCACAAUGAAGUUGAAUCAUUUCAAUCAUGAUUAUGAUCACGAUCAAUUUGAUUAUGAAAAGUUGUCAUCAUCUGCACAUCGUCAACAUCAUCAUGAUGAUGGUGAUGGUGAUGGUGAUGGUGAUGGUGAUGGUAAUGAAGCAGCAAAUGACGGUGAAAUGAAACGUGAAUUGCCUAAACUGAUGCUAAAAAAUUUUGUUUAUUUAGGAUUAGAAUUAUUUGCACCAAUAUUUGAUAUACUGGUUGAAGCUUUAUUAAAUUUUGUAUAG